UGCCUCUCUCUCUCUCUCUCUCUCAAAAGCUGUGCAAUUUUUGCUGCUCUCACUUUCAAAAUUCUUCGCUUAAGCCUUGUUCUUCUCUCUCUCCCUCUCAUUAAACCCCUCCGAUGCAGAAUUCUCCGAUCCGAUUUCUCGUUCCCCAAUCCUAAUCCACUCUGACUGUCUUGCAUUUUUCUCUUUCUUCAGGAACUGUAAAUGGAGCUUAGAAUUUGCUUUUGAAGUGAGGCUAAGUUAGAUUCGGUUGUGCUAGUAGCACUCGUUAAUUGAGAAGUACCUUUUUUUUUUUUUUCAAUAAAUUUGAUGGGUUUUUCUGCCAAAUUUAGGUGUUUUAGAAAGUGGGUACUGUUUUAAUUUUAUUUUUUUUGUUGAACUUAUUUACUGUUUGGGGACUGGGUUUUGAUCAAAAUUGGAGGGUAAAGAUGUUAGAGACAGAGCUAUAUUCUUCUCGGAUGCUUUCUCCUUUUCGAGAGGAAAGUGGUGAUGAAGAGCUCUCUGUGCUUCCUAGGCACACCAAAGUCAUUGUCACUGGAAACAACAGAACAAAGUCUGUGCUGGUUGGUUUGCAAGGCGUGGUCAAGAAGGCUGUUGGUCUUGGAGGCUGGCAUUGGCUGGUUCUGAAAAAUGGUGUUGAAGUUAAGCUGCAAAGGAAUGCAUUGAGUGUGUUGGAACAUCCUACUGGGAAUGAAGUAGAUGAAGAUAAUGAUUUUGAUACUAGCAGUGGCUCUGACAUUGGUGAAAAGGACCAUGAUUUCUCUAGCGGCAGUGAGUUCCAUAAAAUUAAUAAGCCAAGAGUUCGUUCAACGAGGCCAUGCAUUCCAUUAACAAAGUCCACAAGUCGUAGCAGUUACAGAGAUGUGCAAUCGAUUAUCCACAAUCCCCAACAGAAGGUGCAAUUGGCUAAACUAGGCACAGAAUCAUUACGGAGAUAUUGCAAGAGAUUCAGCCUUGCGGGCAUCCAUUCUGAUUCAUCAAGGGAGCAGAUGCUUAGUGCUGUGCAACAACAUUUUGCUUCACAGCAACCAUUGGAUGAGGUGCGAGUAAUUGCAGAGUUCACUCAUUCAGCAAAGAGAUUGAAACUAGCUGAAAGAUCAACGGAGUGAGAUUUCUGAAUGUUCAAGAUCUUGUAUAAUUAUAUGCAUAUAAACUCUAACAUCUAGAUUAGAUCUGAUCAUAUACUGAUGUGGGAGAAUGGUUCAUUAGUUCUCCUCAGAAUCUAACCAUGUAACAUUUGGCUGAUGUCUAGUUAAUUUCCAGUAGAUAUCUGAUUAUGACCAA